UCAGCCUCACCGAGACAGGGGAAGAGCGAAGCCGGGGCAGGAACCGAGAGAGUGGGGCAGGAGAGGGGGUGGGGCCAGCGGGCUCCACCCCCUCCCCGCCCUUCACUCCCCCCACAACCUACUUUCUGCGGAGUCUGGUCAAGACAGGUGAGGGAGGAACUCGUCAGGCCGGAGCCUGGGGAAGGGCCAUGGUGCCCGGCCAGUGGUGGGGAAGACUGGAGAAGCUGCUUCUCUACCUGUGCUGCACCGCCUUCAUCCUGGGGCUGGCUCUGCUGGGCAUACGGCCAGACAUUACCCCUGUUGCUUAUUUCUUUCUGACCUUGGGUGGCUUCUUCUUGUUCGCCUGCCUCCUGGCCUGUUUUGUUCUGAAAAGGGUGCUCCGAUCAGUGCAGACAGACAGCCCAGGGGCCUCCGGCAAUGCACGGGACAAUGAAGCCUUUGAGGUGCCAACUUAUGAAGAGGCCGUGGUGUUAGAAUCACAGUGCCGCCCGCAAGAGUUGGAUCAACCGCCCCCCUACAGCACUGUCGAAAUCCCCCCAGGACUUGCAGAGGGACAGUCUAACCAUCCAGAGGGACCCAGGAGAGACAGACUGGAAAGGCAAGUGGGCUCAGAGGGCUCUAUGACCCCAGGAAGCCCUGGAAGAGCUCCCAUCAGCCUUCGGCUCCGGGGACCACGAACAGUGGCCACUGCUCCUGACCUGCAGAGCUUGGGGACACUCCCCAAAACGGAGCCACUCCCCAAACUGGAGCCUCUUACUCCACCCCCUGCCUAUGAUAUCCGCUUUGACAAUGAUGAUGACGACGUUUUCUAUGAUGACAACUGGACACCCCCCUAACAGACUUUCCCAGGCUAUACCAUCUCUCUGCACCAGAGCCACUCAUUCAUUUGACCCACGUUUCCCAGGGCCUGCUUGCUAUGUGUCAGGAACUGGACAUCACAAAUGGGGAAUUUAAUCCAAGGAGGAGUCAGGCUACGGGAAGCCCUUCCCAGUUGAGAUGUAGGUGGCACAAUUUGAAUUUUCAGGCAACGUUCAGAAACCUACCCCAGAUCUGAUAUUUCCAGAGUUAGGUUGAGGGUGAGAUGAGGUCGUGAUCCAUUGACUCUGGAGAAGGAAGAAAAGAAACAUUUAAGCGACAGCUCUGUUGCUUCUUUUCCGGGGUGUUUUGCCUCUCCAUUAGGUCACUUAGGCCUCUCGGCCUUGUGAGGUAUUAUUCCCCGCAUUUGAAAAAUGAGGAUUCCAAGGGGCAGGGAAGUUUGAUUACUUGCACUGGGGGCGCAGGACUAGUAAAGAGCAUCAAAAUGA